AUGGUUUUUCUGUUGAAUUUUGGGUUUAUUUUCACUGUGAUCUAUGCCUUGUUUUAUGUCUGCUUGGAUAAGAAAGCUGGAUCUUUGGCUGCUUUGCUCUGUGUUCUCUGUUGGGUUGGAGCCAUUUUGCUUGCUAGUCGCCUUGGAUUUUCUUUGGAGUUACCUUCGAAGGCGGAGACGAUAUCGUCGUUGUCGAUCUCGGACAACGAAGCCUUAGGGUCAAGUGGUCUUGCCGACGCGGGAGUCAAAGAGGUCGCGCCAGUUUUUGCCGUCGUAGUUCUUGAGGGCAGCCAUGUCGUGCUGGACGUCGAGGAGGCUGCCGGAGUUGGAUCGGUAGACAAUCUCAUCGAGGGAGUAGGACUCGGAGUCGGCAGCGGCAGCAGAGGAAGGGUCGGUGUUGAAGGGGAUGUAGUGGGUAGAGAAAUGGUGGGUGUGGGUUGUGUUGUGAUAGUGAGCUUUGUCACGACUGUUGCUGCAAUGGAAGAUUGUGAAGGAAGGGGAGGGUUGUGGAUGAAUUUCAGAAUUUACCUUUAUUUUUUGACAGAAAAUUUAAUAGAGUUUGACAAAGGGACUAAUGGUGUAACAAAACACCUACUUGAGUGA